AUGUCCCAAUCUUGCAGCCCUGAAGGCUCCAGCAGUGAAGAUGACGCAGCUCCGUCAGGUGUCAAGGACUUUCUUCAGCGCACCGCUGCUUGGGCCAAAUCGCAUCCCUUGGGUCAAGCCAUGAAGCGAAGUGAGAGCUCCAGUUCCUCCGACGAAGCUGAAGGCUUUUGCCAGCUAUGGACCCCUCCAUGGCUGGGGCGUUCCGGGCCACCGGAGACUAAGCCCGGCCCCUGCGGUGCCAGGCUUCCGGCUGAAGGGAAGAUCCGCCUUGCGGCGCGCCGUGAAGGAGCGGAAGGCCAUUGA